AUGCGGGCGAUCAGUCGGCCUUGGGGGUCCUUUGACCACUCAGAGCCCGUCGGGCAGGGUUCAUUUCGCAGUCGGCCUUCUCCUGACGAUGUGGCCUUUGCGAGGCUUGGCCAGUGGCUGCAGGAGGCGGGUGGCCCUAGCGCAUCGGAGUAUACAUCUCCUUAUUUAUCUGCUCAUUUUGUUGCGGAGCAGCGGCGUCGUCGUGAGCAGCAGCGUUUGCAGCAGCAGCAGCAGCAGCAGCAGCAGUAUACAGGAUGCGGGUGGCCCUAG